AUGAACAACUACGAUCUGUCAACAGGCCAAGUCUUCCGAGAAUGGACCAUCCAGCGGCGGCUCAACGUCAGUUCAGACCGUGGCUGGUCCCGAAAGCGCCCAUAUCCCAUUUUUAAGCCUCGCGGCGCCCGAGGUCCCCGGUCCUUGCUGGAUAUGUCGAUUAAUGUCAUUGCCGACAAUAUUGGCGAUGUAUCGGAGGAGCUGCUUGGAUCUCUUCCCAUUCAGCUAGUGUGGCGCAUCUGGCGCUUUUUAGAGGCAAGAGGCGUGUGCUUCCAUGCAUGGAAACUCUUCUCCACGAUAUUGCUUCGUGAGGAUGACGAAAAGAGCCUUGGUCUGUAUCGAUUUCGGCAGCACAUAUGUCGACCCAGCGAAGAGCUUAAAUGCUACAUCCAGCCCUUGACUUCCUUUUCAACAGAGUUCAUCACCCAUCUCGUACUCAGCGGAGGAUGUCACUUCUCUUCCCAUGAGCUAUUCUGUUUAACAGACAUCAAGAACUUGGGCAUUCUGGAGCUUAUUCAACCGGCGGACGAGUUGGGCGAUGUCUUUCCAUCCGUCAAUGAUAGGGUUAUCAGGGGCUGGACCGAGAGCGAAAAUCCCUUUCCUUUACUUAGGAUUUUGAGGAUUUGGGGCGAUCAAACGGUUACACAGAAAUCCUUGCGCUGGGUCGCCAAAUUUCCCUCCUUGGCGCUUUACGAUGUCACGGGCGCGAGAGACGACUGGGCUUCUCCCUUUGACGAUGCCGCUGAGGCCGGCUGGGAGGUUACCGACGUCUCCGGCAGACAGGACGGCACGUUACUACGAAAUCUCAUGCUGCUCGUUCCGGAUACACACAUUAUCAAGACACAAGACUCGAUUAAGAGCGUCGAAGCUGAUUUGGUAACCCUCUGCAGCGACUCCCAAUGCGCCAUCAAAUUUGUCCCAGGCCGAGAAGCGCCCCCUCUGUUAAACUAUCUUACAGACACGGGCAAAAAAUACAUGCCCUCGUGGGAUCCAGACGCGGCGUCAAGACAAGCAGGAGCUUGCCACGGCGUUGCUUUUGAGGCAUGGGCUUUCUGGCUAUACUCGUUCCUAGGACAGCUGAGCAGCAACAUUGAUAUCGCGAGCCAGGGCCAUUCAGUAGACCAGCAAGCUGUAGCUGGGCCGUUUGUUCUGCCAUCACGGCCCAUGGCGUGCUUGUUUCUGGGUCACAGUGGACGCGGAGGCAUCACGUCCAAGCCAGCGUAUCCGGUGACCAAAACAAGGUCGGCUUCAAUAUCAUCAAUCCAAUCAAAAUCAUCGCUCAAGAUGCGCAAGAGAAAGCAGCUGCAUGACAUGCUGCAUUCGCUUUCUGGGUGA